AUGACACAACACACUGAGGGUGGCGGCCCCUCUAAUGCUACAAACGGAAGCUUAUCUCUCAGGCAAAGAGGCCAAGAAGCGCUCUUUCCGACUUCACGUCGGGAUAUUGACCUCUUCAUCGAAAAUGCCGUAUCCACGGGUAGAACCAUCAGUGAAACAUUGGCCGAUGAAUUGAGGCACGGCGAUUUUGCGAACAAUGAAGAGAAUAAUCUUCGCCCUAUUCUAACGCUUGCCGAAGAACUUCGUAACUAUCAGUCUCCAGUUGAGUUUACGAUAGGCGUGGUUGGUGAUUCCGGCGUUGGGAAAAGUAGCUUGAUUAAUUCGCUACUUAAUGUACAGCGUCUAGCAAAAGCAGGUGCGGAUGGGACGGCUUGCACAUCAGCUGCAACAGAAUAUAGGAAAAAACGCACGAGUGAUCCUGACGCCUACAACGUCGAAAUCGAAUGUAUGGAUGACGGAGAGAUUGACGGUUUGUUACGACAGUGCGUCGUGGAUUACAGGCAGUACCAUCUUCGAGACCUAGAUCAUCCUCUCGCCAACUCGGAGGAAGAGGUACUUCAAAAAAAAGCCAAGGUUGCUUGGGAUACUCUCAUGGCCGCAUUUGGAAACACUCCUGGCUGUACCGAAGUGAGAUUCCAAGAUCAGGCCAUCUCCAUUGAUUACAUACAGCGAGAAGUUCGUGCAUGGAAAGAUGGCAUUCAGUGGCCAGUUGGAUUCAACGCUCCAGGAGUUCUCAUCCACUCCGCAGUUCCUGAAGACUGCGUCAGCGGGAUUGAUACCUUUUUAAGGGGGCGUAUCUGGCCAUUUGUGAAAGUAGUACGAGGUAUUGAACAGCGGCCUUGUUUCCAUGACGCUAACUCAGCCCGCGUCAGCAUAGCGGAAACGAGGCUAUACCGGUGUGACAACAUAUUUGUAGUCACUGAUAUUGGUCGUGCUUCUGCUAACCAGGGCGUCAAUCAACUUGUUCGACAACUAGGGGCAAAGUUCAACAGUCUUAGGCGAUCCCAAGGGAUUGCUAUUGUUUGCACCAAAUCCGAGGUUUCUAGAACACAGGAGGCGGAGAUUCUUCGGGAUGUUCCAAGCACUGCAGAAUUUAAUACACAGAUCACAGACCGUCUCUGGAAUGAUAUAGCGGAUGAAAGGGAUGAUAAUAGACCAACUUUGCACCUUGAAGCCAGACGCACAAAUCUAUUUAUAUUUGCACGCAACCAGCAUGUACGCAGACUACUCAGAACCACCUAUGAGACCAGAACACAAACUCGUCGAAUUGAGAUUUUUUGUGUAUCCAAUAAUCUUUACGGUGAAGCUCAGGCUGAGGGUCGGGAGCUCGACGCUCGGAUCAAGCGACCAGGCCGGCGUACUACAAACGCUACAGAACAGAACCAAGCCAUACAAGCCAAGCUAGAUGGGUCAGGGAUUGACCAACUGCGGGACUUUUGCCAAGGUAUUCCGUCGAGGUCUCAAAUCGCAGAGACGAGGCACUUUCUAAACACAAGAGUGCUAGACCUUUUACAAAAGGUUGAGCUCUGGUGUAAUGCGCGGAGCGCUUCUGAGGAUCAUCGACAGGCCCCAGUUGAGCUACUGCGUGCACUUCAAGCAAAGCUUAGAAACGAUUUUGAUGCCUCGUUAGCAACAACCUAUGACGAGUUAUAUGAUGCUAAAGUAGAGAUGCUCAGACGACCCUUUUCUCAAGGUGUUAACAGCAGACUUUGGGAGCUGAAGGCAAUUUCCUUCACUGAAACUUUAUCAGGAUGGGCCGUUCCGACCUUAGAUGCAUUCUGGAGGCAAGAUGGUGCUUAUCGAACUCAAGCUUCUCAGGGGUAUGUCGACUGGAACGCAAACUUUAUACAGGCAAUGGUAGAGCGCUUUGAACCAACUGAGGCCUCAUUCCAGUCCCGGAGCAACGAAAUAUUUGAAGACUUGGAGAUAUUAGUUCGCAGCAAUCUGUCAGAACUAGAGGUUGGUCUACGGGGACUUGAAGGGGUGGAGUUCUUCAUGCAAACUUUUCGCCGUCGACGCCGAAAUCUUGCCUAUGAGAUAGAGCAAGUAACGACAGUAUUCUGCAGCCAGCUACAACUUGUCUUCCACGAUCUCCUUAAGACUCAUGGAACAUCGUAUGUGCGGCGUCACAUGCUCCCAAUGUAUCAGUCAGUUGUUGAACCAGGGAGCGGCAAAAGAAUUCGAAUCAUCCAGAAGCUGCGCACUACAAUCAGGGGUAAUCGCGAAGACCGAAAACUCUUUAGUGUGAUGAGUGAUUUAUUCCUCACAGAAAUGGACAAUCUACUCAAUGAGACCAACGAGAAGAUUAGAGCAGCUACGGAUAGGUGCUGUGAGGACAUUCGGAUUGAUCUUAGACUGUUGGAUGUGGCUGCUCCGGCCGUUGAUCAGGGAUUCUUUAUUCGAACAUUGUCCAGUUUAUUAGAGCGAUCAAAGACCGAUAGAGAUCAAGCUCAGAGCGAGUUUGAUUCUCAAUUCCCAGAGCCUGCAUCGUCUGUUUGA